AAAAAUAAAAAUAAAUAUAGUAUUUAUUUGCUGGUUGAAGUGCCCGUUCAGGAGUGGCCUGCAACCUGGCAACAAUGCAAGCUAUCAACUUUGCUUGUCUGCAACAAGAAACACCCCCUGUUUCUUUUCAUAAUCUCCAUCUUCCUCACUUGUUUGUCCUCCAUUUUCUCUUAUACCCCAAUUUCAUUUGAUUUUCCUUUCUGGGUACAUUCUCAUCUCUCAAACCAGAAACAUUUCCUUAUUCUCUUACCAAAUCUACAAACUUCUUCCCAUUUUUAGAUUCUCCAAACAAAAUCUAAUAGUACAUGCAAAACCCCCUAAAAAAAUCUCUAAUUUUUGAACCAAACUAAAAAAACAAAGAAAAAAAAGGAAAGCAAAAUGAAAGACUCGAAGAAAGAUUCAGAGAAAGUAGUGUGGGAUCAGAUUCAGAUGAGAAGCCCAUCAGGCAACCCACUUGUUCCCGGACCUUCGACCCGACCCCUUCCUAAGCUCAUGGUCUGGUUAAUCCUCUUCGUUUCAGUUACCUACGUUGUCUACACUCUCAAGCUCUUAACAACCUCUGCUCAACAAACCUGCGACGAUUCCCCAUUUACUUCAGCUCUUCAUCGCUCUUUACUACAUCCCAACAAAACAAGCUUGACAUCUUCACCGUUGGUUUCCAAUCAAACGGGUGAGACAACGCCAUUCCAUCAUCGCCAUCGAGAUGUCCGAGAAAAACAAGUGGUAGUAGUACAAAUGCAACAGGCUCCACCGAAACCGAAACCGACGGAAAUUCACGACGUGGUUUUUGGAAUCGCAGCUUCUUCCAAGCUAUGGCAGCAGAGAAAAGAUUACAUCAAGAUUUGGUACAAGCCAAACCAAAUGCGAGGCGUAGUUUGGCUCGACAAUCGCGUGAAAUACUCUCCCGAAGACAGGCAAACCCUUCCACCAGUUCGAGUCUCCAGCAACACUUCCAACUUCGCUUACAAGAACCGGCACGGUCACCGGUCGGCGAUUCGGAUCUCGCGGAUCGUGACGGAGACGUUAAGGAUGAAGAUGGAUAAUGUCAGGUGGUUCGUGAUGGGUGAUGACGACACCGUUUUUAUCACGGAUAAUCUGGUUAGGAUUUUGAGGAAAUAUGAUCAUACUCAGUAUUAUUACAUUGGGAGCUUGUCAGAAUCUCAUAUUCAAAACAUUUUUUUCUCCUACGGCAUGGCUUAUGGCGGCGGAGGCUUUGCCAUUAGCUACCCACUGGCCAAGGCUUUGUCAAAGAUGCAAGAUCGGUGUAUUCAGAGAUACCCCGGUUUGUAUGGUUCCGAUGAUCGAAUGCAAGCUUGUAUGGCUGAACUCGGUGUCCCACUCACUAAGGAACUCGGUUUCCACCAGUAUGAUGUGUAUGGGAACUUGUUUGGACUCCUUGCUGCGCAUCCUGUCACGCCAUUGGUGUCACUGCAUCACCUUGAUGUUGUUGAGCCUAUUUUCGCCAAUGUGACCAGGGUUGAAGCCCUUCAGCGGCUUAUGUUGCCUGCAAAGCUGGAUUCAGCAGGGAUCAUGCAGCAGUCAAUUUGCUAUGACAAAACAAGGAGUUGGACCAUUUCAGUUUCAUGGGGUUUUGCUGUUCAAGUUUUUAGAGGAAUCUUUUCUCCACGGGAGAUGGAAAUGCCUUCAAGAACAUUCUUGAAUUGGUAUAGAAGAGCAGAUUACACAGCAUAUGCAUUCAACACCCGACCUGUUAGCCGAAAUCCAUGCCAAAAACCUUUUGUGUUUUACAUGUCAAGGGUGAGAAUGGAUUCUAAACUGAAUAAAACUGUGAGUGAGUAUGAGCGGCACCGUGUUCCUCAUCCUCUUUGCAAAUGGAAGAUGGCUGAUCCUGCUGAGCUUCAAAUGGUGAUCGUCAACAAGAAACCGGACCCACAUCUAUGGGAUAGAUCACCCAGAAGAAACUGUUGCAGGGUCAUGGAAUCCAAGGAGCCAGGAACCAUGGUGGUGGAUGUGGGUGUAUGUAAGGAUGUAAGUACUUGAUGGAGAAUGGUCAUGCUAAAAGGGGAAGAGACCAAAGAGGAUGUCAAAUGAAACUUCAAUUAAAAAGGAUUUUACUGGCCGGUAAUCUUGUCACUCAGAAGUCAAAAGCAGUGUAGCAUUACAUACACGUUUGCAUGCCUUGGUAUUUACUUGUUGUCUGUUCCAUCUCGGUUGAUUCCCUGAGAUGAGACCCACACCUGCUUAAGUCCGGUGUUUGUGGGAGUUUCUGGCAGAAAUUCACCGUCGUUGAGAGUAUAGAUAUAAUUUUCUUUUAUUAAAGUUUUUAUGGGUGGUUGUACAGUACUUUUUCUGAAUCCUAAAGGGGGGUUAAAGAGCAAAAUAACAGUUAGGGAAAGAAUAUGGUUCAUGGAAUGUAACACUAUCAGAUAAAUUUUUGCUGCCACUAGCAAGUGAAGAAGCGGAAGUGGAAGCGAAUCAAGGCAGGGUACUACUGGAACCUGAGAGUGGGUCCACGAUGUGUUAAAUUAAUAGUGGAUCACCAAUGCUAGAUCCUUGAUCCAAGAAAAGCUUACAUUCUUACUAGCUCAGGAUCAGGAUUUGGUCUAGUGAGGUUAAUGUACAUUUAAUGAUGAUCUUUCCCAAAGAAUCUCUAGUGCUCCUUUUUCGGAGGAUAAGUAUAGAUUUUGUUAUGAUUUUAAAAUACAAUAAAUAUUAAGAACUACAUCUUAGCAAUUAGGAUGAUCAAUUGAUUGUCUCAUUGUAUUGGCCUACCGGGUUUUACUCAAAUUAAGAG